AUGAGCAGGAUAGAAUCAGACUCAGAAGUUCUGCUUGAUGAUGGUGACUCAAGGGAUCUAGAAGAUUUUAUAGUAGAUGAGCUGGAGCUCCAUCAAGGAAAUGAACAACAACGCGACGUGAAAGAAACUGUUCAUCGUGAUUUAGAUAACAACGAAAAGGAUGAAUUGCCCCUGGAUAGAAUCCUCAAACUCAAUAGUGAGUUAAAGCCUAAUGAAAUGCAUGCUCAGAAGUUAUUGAAGGCGCAUAUCGCAGUUUUAGUUUCAGCAUUGGGGGGGCCAGAUCACACGUCUUCUGUUCAGCCUCCACCGUACAAGUUGGGGCAUGAUGCCCAUGCUUGUCUCAAGGAUCUAAAGAGGUGGAUUAGGUCUGUUGAUGAAAAGAAUAAUAGUUUUGAUGUUGCUUUGGCUUGUGCUGACUCAGGUCUUGUGGUAAAUGAUUUGACGGUUAUAUUGUGCCAAUGGAAUAGACAACAAAGUCUUAAAAAACCGACCAAAAAUGCCAGAAGCAUGGAACGUAUAAUGCUUUCGUGUUUAGAGCUUUUAGUUUUGUUGACUUGGCCCAUUGAAAUCAGUAAGGACCUGUCAGAGGCACAGAAAUUGAGCUUUGCUUCUACUAAAAAAACCCAAAUAAUAUAUAAGAAACACAUCUUAGAAUACUGUAACGGACAAACUUUGGAAGCUGUUAUAAGGUUGGUCUUACCAACCAUUGCUAAAGAUAGAAUUGAUAGAGAACCAAGAGAUAAUGCGAUUAUAAGAUUAGUACUAUUCUUAAUAAGGAACAUUUUAUACAUUGAGCCAGCAGAAUCCUCAAUCUCUACAAAAGCAAGAAAAGGUAUCAUACCUGUCGAUAAUUUGCCUUCCAAUAUCACGUAUGACGACAUAAGCAUGAAUUCUGUAUUAUCUGCAUUCCAAAAAAACAAAGUGUUGACCUUUCUUUUGACACUUUCUGGGACUGUUGGUAAAGACUUCGACAAAGAAGCAUUUAGUCAGGCUUGUCUCGAAUGUGUAUACCUAAUUUUAAAAGGAAUAAAACCUGAGCAUGUAUUGAUGCCAAUGAGAAAAAAGGCCCCUCAACAAGUUAAACGAGGCAAGGCUUUGCCUGAAAUUCAGUCUCUGAAUACGUCCUCUGGUCUUCAGCUUAAAGAAUUGCUCAAUCAGGAAGCUACAAGAAAAAAAGUACAGACCCAACACAUUUCAACAAGGCAUGGCAGAUUUGGCUCUUUACUCUCAAUUCAAGGAAAUGAUACAUCCUAUGUAAUAUCUGGUCAAGAAGCUCUAGUUGGGUUAAACUCGUCGCUAGAAAAAUUAGACAAAAGUAAAAAGUGGAAUGUUAGAUCACAAUUUAAGUAUGACUCUGAUGAGUUUGUUUCACAUAGACAAGAAUUUCUUAAUGACAAAUCAGUUUUAAUUUUGAAGGAAUUCAUUGAACAAUUUUUAGUUACGGGGUGCUUCAAUAAUUUAAUUGAGAAUCUUAGCUGGUUGCUUUCUGGUUCUACAGAUUUUAACUACAUUGAUGAAUACGAGAAGGCAACUUUUUUUCUUACUGUUGCUUGGUUUUUCAGCUAUAAGAGAGAAAGGAUCGUAUUGUUCAACAAGGGUAUUUUGAACCUGUCUGGGUUAUCUGAGGAUGAUGACACUUUAGACUAUGGAUCAGUAGGCGCAGCAUUGAGUGAGGUUAAUUUUAUUUUGAUUAUAUCUUAUUUUAGAGAAUCAUUUAGCUUGAGACGUUGGAGCUCUCUCCAUGUUGCUAUGAUAUGUUUUUAUGAAAUGUUGAUGAUCUCCUAUUCUCUAUUUACGAAAAGAUCAAACAACAGUAACGGGCUAGACCUAGAUGACGACCAAGAAGAAACUGAUAGAGAAAUGGCAGAGGGUAUUAUUAGAAAAUUAUUCUCAUUUAGUGAUUUCCUAAGUAUUCUCACGAAAAUUCCUCAAACAGCAUCCAAGCAUUCUCCCGAAUAUUUGAGAGUGUCCAUAUCUGUUGUGCACAUCAUCCUAAAGUCUUUUGAGAGUUUUGCAAGUGAAGAUGUGAAGCUCUAUAUUCAAUCCAAAAGAAGAAAGUCAAAGGCUAAUAAGAGACUGAGGAGCGGCUUAGACAAGCAUACUGAAGAUUCUAUGAGAGAUGUAAUUGAAGAAUCAGACGAAGAGCUCACAAAUGAACGAGCAAAAGAAGUUACUCGAGAAAGAAGGUUAGAUUUUGAAGCGACUGAAGCUGGUUUUUUUCGAAACGGAACUGUUUCAACUUAUAUUGAAUAUCUAUCUCGUUUUGAGGAUUUAACACAUGAAGAAAUUAAGAAGUGCAUGACUUAUUUUCAUCGCUUAUUUGUAUCUAAACGAGACCACACUGCAUUAUACCGUAUUGAUUUCAUGCACAUUUUAUACAAGUUGAGAACUCAUUUGCCUAGAGAGUCUCACAUAAGGGGCCAUGUUGAGGAAUUCACACAUUAUUUUAUGAAGAAGUUUAAAGUAGCAUUUGACAGAUUCCCUAUCCCUAUUGAAGUCUUAUUUCUGAGGUUUGAAGAUUUGGAACUUAAUACAUAUUUGGCUUCUGGUGACUUAUAUAUCAGGCCUGAUGUCUCAUCAAAAAAUAAUAAACCCAAGUUGGCAAAAGAAUUAGAGUUCAUCAGAGAUUUUAAUAAGGAAGAAAAGAUUAAAAUAUUAGUUAGCGUUCUUUUUCAACAAGAAAAAGAUCUUUUCAUAGCUUGGUUACUUAAUGAUCUGAAACGCAUUUUGGAAGAAAAGAUACUGGACGAAGAUCUAAUAACCAAAUUAUCUCCAACUCCCCAAUUCAAUAGACUCUUGAUUAAUAACCCAUAUAUAAGAUUACUUUUGAAAAUUAUGGGCUUUGAUUUGCCAUACAUAAUGGAAGAAUUAUGUGAAUUACCAGCAUCAGUCGCCCCUAAUGAUUUAGCUGAGGUCAUAGAACUAAUCAAAAAAUGGAAAGAAGAACAACCAGUUAAUUUCGAGGACUCCAGGGAUCCAGCCUUCUUUUUGAGGGCGAAAGAGACUUACGGUUACGGUGAUUACGAUGACGUAGAUUAUUUAGAAGGAGGAAACGACGAUGCUGACGAAAGUAUUGCUUUCGAAACUUCGGAGAAUAUAACUGGGAGUAGAAGAAAUUUUCAUGAGCUUGACAAACUCGAUGAAUUGGAAGAAAUAUUGAAUAAAUCUAACAGUUAUCCUCGUGGGUUGGCAAGAAUUAAAUCAAAACCAAAAAAGAAUGAAAAAAGAACAAGUAAAGUAUAUGAUGGUAAAGUGAAUGGUGAACAUGAAGACAGGCGCACCUCUUCACACUUACGAAAUGAGAAAGUGGAUAUCGUCAGAUCAGCAAAAUUUGUUCACGAUUCGGAUGAUGAAAGUGAUGAUGAAAAGGGGAGAGUAUUUUACGAGAGAGAAGAAAGGUUACGUACAUUGUUGAAAAAUUCUGGAGGAAUUGUCGAUUCAAGGCUGCUUGCGGAGUUCAAGAAAGCGUGGAGUCAGAUCGAAGAUGUCACCCCGAAUAGCAUUUCUAUGCCGCUUCUUGAUUUAAAUGACAUUCAUUCAAAGUCUUCCAAUGUGCCCAGUAAUGAUGAAAGUAUAGGCCUGGUCGAACCAGCAUUAAGUGAUGAAAACACAACUAAUACGGAUACAAGUUUCAGCUCUUUUAGACAGAAUGAAGAAACACAAGUAUUACUAGACAAGAGAGCCAGGCUGGUAACGGACGAUACUGAUAACGAAGACGAGAUCCUCGAACAUCAGCCCAAAAAGCACAAAUCGCAACUUACAAGUAGAAAGAAGAUAGUCAUAAGCGAUGACGAAGAUGACAAUUGA